GCUUGCUACCCGAUACUAAGAGAGGAGGAAAUGGGAGAUGCACUGCUUCCUGUAGAAAUUAUGAUUGAAGACAAAGCUGGGUGGGGACUCACGCCAGGGCUGCGGUGGCUGCAACACAGACAGACACUCGACGCCGCUCGGUGGGCAACUCCUACUACGGCGAGGCUGGGCUGUGCGGGGGCUGGGCUGGGCUGGGCUGGGCUGGGCGUGCCAAACUCACCACCCAUCAGCUCCGCCAGAAGAAGCUGCUUUCUAACCAAGCCUCGGGAGCCAAGCAAGUCAGAUCUGCCAGUGAACCUCCGGCCUUGAAAGUUGACGAGCAAACGUAUGCUUAACAUUUACCAAGCCCUAGACCUUUGGAUAAGGAGUGCCUGCAAACCAAAUCCUGCUCUCCAAUGGCCAGUAACAACACUGCUAGCAUAGCACAAGCCAGAAAACUGGUGGAACAGCUGAAGAUGGAAGCCAACAUCGACAGGAUAAAGGUGUCCAAGGCGGCUGCGGACUUGAUGGCCUACUGUGAGGCACAUGCCAAGGAAGACCCACUGCUGACCCCGGUCCCGGCCUCAGAAAACCCCUUUCGGGAGAAGAAGUUCUUCUGCGCUAUCCUUUAAGUCUCUGAGAGGAAGAUGAAGACCCCGGGGCUCCUGGGACAUUAAUGUAGAGUUUCUAUCAAGGUGGGCGCCUUUCUGGUCUGCAGCAUUUAAAGAGAGGAAGGAGAACCAUCCUGGACACUCCAGGCUGUGCAUGUCUAAAGAAUUGUCCCCUUGUGAGAAUGGAAGCCGAUUCCACAUCCCAACUUUAGAGAUCUGACCCUGCAGACCUGUCUGGAGCAGGGCAAUGUGUAAAAAACAAAAUCGGUGUCACUUCUUUUCUGCUAUCCCUUUAAGAUCUUACAUUUCUGCUUCAUAUUUAAAAACAAAAUAAACAAUAAAGCCAGUGUCUUGAGCUGAGAUAUGACUGACCUUCUGGGAAUGAGAAUUGUCUUUAAAUGCCCUCUGAUAAACUGCUGUCUCAUGUUGCCACAGUUCUAUUUAAUGGCAUCCAUGUUUAGUCUUUCGUGCCUUGUUCUUUUCCUUCCCUUUCUCUUUCUCUACCCCUCCCUAUUAGAAUACUGUGGAGAUAAGGCUGGGUUUGUGUAUUAAACUGAACUCUAAGGAUAAUUGAAUAGCUGUGAUGUUUAGGAAGAUGUUCCCCACGGUAUGUCUCCACGAGAAUAAUAAUAAAAAAAGAACACACACAAACACACACACACACACACACACACACACACACACAAUGCCGGUUGUCUGUGUUCUCUUACCACUGUUCCUAAUAUUUGUAUAUAAUAGUUUUGAUUCUGCAAGUAAAUGUAAAUCAUGUGUUGUGACUGGUGCUUUCAUAUCUUUGUGAUAGUUUUUGAGUAAUACUGCAUGAAAAUGUUCCCAUGUUGCAUCCAUUCAGAAGUUUUGUUGUUCAACUGGAAAGCUAAGAAAAGUGAGAGAGAAAAAUAUGCCAGAGAGGGGAGAAAAAGUUCUCUGUAUUUUGAAAAUUGAGAUCACUUCAGCGCCUUAGCCAUGCCUGAAAUACCUCCUAGUGAACUGUGGUAUAAGCACCUCACAUCAGAUUCCCCCAAUCCACAGCAUUUGGGUUUACCCAGGAUCCAGGAUAGUGCAGUAAACCCACACUGAAUGUCGGGCAGGGAUCCACCAUGACUUAGGAAGGCAUUGUCGGAAUAUCAUCAAUAUCACUCUCCAGGAAUCAUGAAAAUCAUAUGCAAAAGGAUAUUUUCCAUGUUGAUAACUAGAAAACUAUGGCUCUUUAACUCACACAUCAGAAGGAAUAAACUCCCAGCUUCUAAGAAGGUGCACCCUCAGAAUACCAGCUGUUUGAGAGACAAAACACCCCAAGCACACUUUGAGUAACCCCACAGCCGGCCCUUCUUCCCACUGACAUGGUCCUCAUUUUUCACUUCUGCAAAAUGUCAAAGCAAUCAGUGCUUUGUUCUCUACUCUGUUUGUCAGAGCCUCUUUGCCCUAUUUGCAGCUUCCUUUGGCCAGCACUCUCUCUUCCCACAAAAAACACUGAGUCUUCUCUCCUCUCCUCUGCUCUGCUCUGCUCUGCUCUGCUCUCCUCUCCUCUCCUCUCCUCCCUUCUCCUCUCCUCUCCUCUCCUUUCCCCUCUCCUCCCCUUUUCCUUUCUUUUCUUUUCUUUUCCAUUGUACUUGUAGCCUCCAGCAGCAAUGGAAGGCCCUGGAAGCCUUUAUAUGCUUUCUGCAUUCUUCCCAGUCAAAGAGAGUCUCCUGUACAUCUUGUUUGUUUUCAAAUCCUAAAAGACCACCAAAUCCAAGUUAACUUUACUAUCUCUUCUUGUCAUUCUCUCCCUCAUUUUUUAAAAGUGUGUUGUGUGUUUGGAGGAGGGGUAUUUUGUGGGAAGAAUAAGAUGAAAUGACCCAUUUUGAAAUAGAUUUGGUAAAUAUUUUUCUUAACUCUUUUAUGGGUCUUCAGAUAAAGGAAUAAAUACGUCCAAUAAAAACUGAUGCCUGAGGUGGGAAGAAGAGGAUACCAGAACAUUUAUCAAUGCAUGAAUGCAAUUUCCACGAAUUCUCUUCUGGUCAGAUCUUGGGUGUUUGUUAUCGUUGGUGGGAUGCUCAUGAAGAUUUAGUGGUUGAAAAAAAAGCUAUCAGUCUUUACAGAACUACAUCAUGUGCAACUGAGAAUACCGUGGAGUCAGUUGACAGUGUCACACAUUUAAACAAAAAGAUGUGUUCAUGUGUUAACUAGGGGUACUCAUUGCUGGUGAGAGGGCAUCACUAGGAUUCUGGUCUUCUGUGCAAAUUUAGACCUCUGCAGCUAUUAAAGUGUAAUCACAGUCUUCACGACACACCUUGUACAGGUCUAACAAUGAAAAGGAUUUAUGAAUAUUUUGUGAGCAUGCCUACAGAAUGAGAAGGCAGGAAAUACAUUCCCCUUCUGAAAGGAAGUUUCAGGAAACUAUCUUGUCUCUUUCACAAUUUCAUAUCCUUCAGUAUAGAGCUAUAAUCAAAAUCAGUUCUGACUUAUUAAUGUCUGUAUUUAUUAAAGAGGAAAAGUUUUCAUUUACUUGGGUCUCCAAGGAGCUUAAUUCUUUUGAAUGUCAACCAUAAUUUUCAUCAGCAUAAUUUUAUCUUAAGAUAACUAAUAGAAAACCAACUCAGUUAUUUAAGAACCUCAUUUCUAUAUGCAUAGUAGUUAAAAUCUGCCAUGGAAUUAUGAGAUAUUAAAUGUCAUACUUAUAAUGCAAUGUCUAUUAAAAUACUUAAACCAUUUUCAACACCAACUCCAAUUUAAAAUGUUUUUCAAUUUGAAAGCAAGUAAGAUAAAAUUUAAAUCAUUGGAUUUAAAGAAAAAUUAAGUGUCAUACUUUUCCUCAUAUGCUUAUAUCCACAUAAUGAAUUUUGAGAAAAUCAAGCCAGUGGGCUUUAGGAGAUUUUUAUACCUUUCCUUUUUCCCUAGUGCUUGCUCCUCACUGCUCCUGGAAAUGAUGGAUAUUAUGUGUCAAAUACUGACUCAUAGCCCAACAAUUGUUAGAGAUCUCCAUACUUUUCCUGUAUAAGAUCUCUGGAAAGUACCUUUAAAGAAAAGGGAACAGGAACAUGGCGGGGCGGCUGUUGUGUUUUGGGUUGGAUUUUAUCUGUUUGUUUGCUUUUUUCUUCAAGACAGGGUCUCACUAUGUAGCCCUGACGGUUCUGAAACUUGUUCUGUAGACCAGGCUGGCCUCGAACUCCGAGAUCACCUGCCUCUGACUCUUGAAUGCUGGGAUUAAAGGUGGGAGUCUUCAUGCCUGGCUUAGAAUGUUAAAGUAGGAGAACCUGAAUGUAGUGUGCACAUCUCUGUCCCACAUAAACCAUGUAUUUGUUUUAAUAAAUGGAAUUUUCAGAUUCA